ACAAACACAAAUUGGAUUCCUUCUGAGUUUGUAAUUGAACAGACAGACAGAGAAAACAAAUGUUGAAUGAUAAUGGGGAUGGAGCUCUGCCGCUGGCGUCCUUGAACCACAUCUCCAUCGUUUGCAGAUCGGUGGAGGCGUCGCUCGACUUCUACCAAAACGUCCUCGGCUUCCGCCCCAUCCGCCGCCCGGGCUCCUUCAACUUCGACGGCGCCUGGCUUUUCAACUACGGUAUCGGCGUCCACUUGCUCCGAUCUGAAGACCCUGAGAAGUUGCCUAAGAAGAGAGCGAUCAACCCCAAGGACAACCACAUCUCCUUCCAGUGCGAGAGCUUGGCGUUGGUGGAGAAAAAGCUGGGGGAGUUGGGGAUACCGUACGUCCAGAGCGGCGUGGAGGAAGGCGGAAUCCAUGUGGACCAGCUCUUCUUCCACGACCCUGACGGCUUCAUGAUCGAGAUCUGUAACUGCGACAGCCUGCCGGUGAUCUCUCUUUCUGGCGAACCCAUCAUGGCCUGCAAGAGAGCGGUCACCCUAUGUUAGAAAUAAUAAAUGAGUGUACACUACACAUGAAUCAUGACAUUAGGUCAUCUAAACGAGAGUAUUAUCUUACAUGUAUUACAUUGUAUCAUGUUUAUCAACCAAUAUAUCUUAAUGAAUAAAUUUUUUGUUUAUUCAA